UGCACUCAGAUAAGAGGAAACUGAGAUCUGCCAGCAUCCACACAUUACAGACAUUACAGAAAGAGAGGUGUCAGCUGGUGUUCUGAGCUUGGUUAGGAGGCUGAAAGUUGACUCUAUUGAGAGGAUAGUGUUAGCAGUAUAGUAGUGUGGAGUGGUCCACAGCCAUGGAACAGGAAAAACUAGCCAUGUACCACGGAGCCAUCAGCAGAGAGGAGGGGGAGAUGAGGCUGUGGACAGCAGGACGGGACGGCAGCUACCUGAUACGCAACAGUGAGAGUCUAGCUGGGCUCUACUGCCUCUGUGUGCUGUAUAAAGGCUAUGUAUACACAUAUAGGCUGUCCCUGGAUGGUGGAGGCUCCUGGACAGCAGAGACUACUCCCGGUGUGGAGAAACGAUACUUUCGGAAAAUGAAGAACUUGAUAACAGCUUUCCAGAAACCAGGCCAAGGCAUUGCUACAUCUCUCCUCUACCCCGUAACCAUGCAGAGUCACACGCACCCUGUCACCACAGAGAAUCAUACACAGCCUGGCAACAUGAAAGCACACCCUAGCAGCCCGCCACCAACUCACACAACUGAGAAUCAUUACCAACAGUAGACAACAGCUUAGAGACAAAGGGAGACAGACUACGCUAGAGACAGACAUUCUUGAUGUGGGCCUGUAUUCUUAUGUUGUCAUUGUGCCAGUCAUUAAUUUGAAAAUAGCAUUUGGUUUCAGUAUCAAAACUUCAAUGUGAUCCUUUAAAUCUCUUUACAUCUGUGGUAUCGAUGUUCUAUAUUGGUGUUUAAAAUGUAUUUGUAAGACAGUAUUGUUGCUAUAUUCGAUUACAACUCAACUACAUAGUUUCAUGUCAGCCGAUAAAUAGUAUGCUUUAUUUUUAAAGUAAAAUCAUUUCUAACUGACAAAUGAAAAUGUGUUACCAAUGCUAAUAAAUAAAUGCCAUUGGUUAAUA